AUGUCCUCCACGCCUCGCUCGGACGCGUCGCUCCCCGCUCCCUCCGCCUCCGCCUCCGCCUCCGCCUCCGCCUCUCUGCGCCGCUUCAAGCUCACACGCUGGUCGGUUUUCAUCGGCAUGGCGCUAACCUACGCCACCUACGUCUUCCUGCGGGCGACCUUCACCUACGUCGCCCCGAUGCUGGCCUCGCACCUGGAUCUGUCGCUGGCCAGCGUGGGCAAGAUCUCGUCGGCCUUCCCGAUCGCGUACGGCUUCUCGCGCCUCUUCACGGGCGUGCUGGUAGACUCGGCCUCUCCGCGCGUCGCCCUGGGCGCCGGCCUGCUGCUCGCUGGCCUGGUCAACAUCGGCAUGGGCUACGCAAGCACGGUCCCCGUGCUGGCCGCCCUGUGGGCCCUCAACGGGCUCGUGCAGGGCGCCGGCGCCGGCGCGUCCGCCAAGAUGAUCACGUCCUGGUUCUCGAGGAAGGAGCGCGGCUUCUUCUGGGCCCUGUGGAGCACCUCGGCAAACGUCGGAGGCUUUUUUGCCCCCAUUCUGUGCGCCGCGCUGGCGUCGAGUCAGAUGGGAUUUCGCGCGGGCAUGGCCGUGCCCGGCGCUUUCGCCGUCGUGCUUGCGUUGCUGAGUACGCCGCUCAUGCGGUCGUCGCCGGAGGGGGCGGGGCUGAAGCCGCCGUGGGAUGAUGCAGAUGGGAAGGCCGAGGAGAAGGGGAAAGAUGCGGGGGAGAAGGUUUCGUGGCGGGAGGCGUUUGUCGAGGGCGUGAUAAAAAACAAGACAAUUUGGGGGCUCGCUGUGUCCUAUUUCUUUGUAUAUCUGGUACGGAGCGGGAUGAAGAGUUGGUUGCACUUCUGGUUGUUGGAGGCGCGGUCAAUAAGCGCUGCGGAGGCGGCGUACCGGGUUAGUGGAAUGGAGGUCGGUGGCAUUUUGGGGACGUUCUCAGCAGGAGUGGUUUCCGACGCUAUGGACGGGCGUCGCGUAGCUGUGACGGUGGGGUAUUUGCUUGGGCUGAUCGGCGCGCUAGUUGCAACAUGGUUGAUUCCGGGCGGAAAACCGUUCCUCGAUUUUGCUGUGAUCUCCGUUUUGGGCUUUAUGAUCAACGGACCGCAAAUGAUGAUAGGCCUCAUCGGCGCGGAAGUCUCGGAUAAGAGGGUCGUUGCCACGGCGACAGGUGUGCUCGGGUGGAUUUCGUAUCUGGGGGCGGCCGCAUCUGGCUUUCCCCUCUCGCUCGCUAUUCGGAAGUUCGGUUGGGUUGGGUUUUUCGCGGCACUUUUAGGCAGCAGCAUUCUGGCGUUGGUGUGCCUUCUGCCCUUUUGGAAGUUAAAAGCCGAGAGUUCGAACUAG